AUGUCUGAGGAAGUCGCAUGGCCACCCGUUUCCCCCAAGGCCGCCCUUCUGAGUUCACCGACUGGCCGCAAACGAUACCACGAAGAAAUGCAACGAUCCCCUAUCAAGCGCUCCAGGACGACCCCUGGCCUGCUCGAUCGGCUGCGCGCAGCAAGGGCUGACGAGGACUUGCUCGGAGGCACGAACAAUGGGGACAACGCGGAUGAGGAAGACGAGGAGACACUCAAAUUGCAACUGGCGGCAAUCGAGGCGAAAUUGAAAUUGAAAAAACUACAGCAGAACAAGGCGAAGACCGACGGACCUGUGCCUUCGUCGUCGGCUGGCAGUACCCAACCGUCAGAGGCUGUGCAGGUUGCCUUAUCGCCCACCAGACGAGUAGUCCGUCCAACAGAACCACGCUCACCGAGCCGAGUGCUGCUGGGCAUUGAUAAAGGAAAGACUGGAGCGGAUGUUUCGCUAAAGAGAGUCAAAUCGCUGAACGAGCGGACGACUGCAAUCUCAAGAGCCGCAUCAAGGAUGGAGAGAUCUACUUCGCGAAUUUCCCAACUGUCGAGUCGAUCAAAUGCCGAAGCACCCGCUGCCAAAUCAUUCAGUGAGCGCAUGUCAGCAAUUCGCGACCGCGAUCGCGCCAAAGAUGCGAAGCGGAACGCCGUCAACGGUGCGCGGAGUUCAACUUUCAGUCUCGACAAAGCCGAGAUGGAAGGCUAUCGUGCGAUUGCGGAGGAAAAUCGCAAGCUUGCACCAUCACCAGUUGUGCCACUCAAAGGUCAAAGUUACACUCGAGCAGAAGUACUGAGAGCAAAGGAAAGCAUUCAAUCUGGUUCGAAGCUGCGCAGGAGUCGGACAACUCCUGACCUGAGCGCCGGAAGACCAGGUUCAACGGGCGAGCAGGAGAGUUCCUCACAACCCGACUCAACUUUGUGGGAAGAAUUCUCUGGCAUUUCCUUGUCAACCCGUAUCUUACCACACAGCUUUCUGAAACGGAUCCUACCAGAGGAUCGCUUCAAGAUCUACACUAUUCCAGACCUCUUGCGAGAUGUAAAAUCCCCGGAAUAUGAAAUGCCGGACGACGUCGGUGAUUACGUUGUUUUCGGUAUCGUUGCCUCAAAAUCAGGCGCGUUGGACCAAAAGCAGAAGGCGGAAGAGCAAUCUGUGGGCGCAAAGGACUGGGAACGCAAAUGGGAUGACGGAUCGCAGAAUCAGAAGAAGUUCAUUGCGAUGACGUUGACCGAUUUGGAAUGGACCGUGGACCUGUACCUCUUCGGUACCGCUGUCCCUCGCUACCACAGACUUACUCCGGGCACGGUCGUUGCCAUCCUCAACCCUAGUAUCAUGCCACCCAAAAAGGGCAAAGAAGAUACUGGUGCGUUCAGCCUGACACUGCACGAUGGUGAUGACACUGUCCUGGAAAUCGGCACAGCUCGGGAAUUGGGACAUUGCAAUGCCAUUCGUAAAGACGGAAAAGAGUGCGGUCAAUGGGUCCAUGUCGCCAAAUCCGAGAUCUGCGAAUGGCACCUGAAUCUUCAACUCCGCAAAGCCGAGCAGAACCGAAUGGGUCUCAACAGUGGUGGAAAUGGCAUUGGCAGCGGCCUGCCCGGCGCGAAAAGGCCCAACAAUUUUGCAGGUAAAGGCAGUGGGCUUCUACCGCAGAAACAGGCUCAGCGCUUUGACCAGUUCACCGGCAGCUCCUACUAUGUCACACAAUCGAGCAGAUCAGAACAGGGCCAAACAAGUCAGCCAUUCGGCAUCAGUGCAAGCCGCGCGCUCGACCAUGACGACCCAUUCAUCAGCGAUGCCCAGCGCACGCGCGACAAGAAGGCGCAGCUGCUGAAGCGGAAAGAGCGCCACGCGCAGGAAUCUCAGAUCGCGAAACAGCUCGGGUCCAUGGGUUCGUCCGGUGCUGGGGCAGAAUACAUGCGACAUCGAACCGGCACCGCCACGAAACGGGACCUAGGGGCAGAGUCCAGCAACCGCAUGUCCGCACAAGCGAUCAAGAACAACAUCAUGCGCUCGAAAUCAGAUGCAGGAACCAAGCGAGCAGCCGAUAAUGUGCGGCUGUCGCCGGUCAAGAAGACGCGCUUCUUAACCGAGAAGGGUAUUAGGGAAGCCGGGAGGGAGAGCCUCGGUGUUACGAAUCACGAUGAUGACAGUGACGAUCUGGAGUUUGUGUAG